GACGAAAAGUGGAGAGAGUUUUAGUUUCGGCGUAAAUUUUGCUUAACAUUUCCCCCAAAUUAAGUAUACAUGGAGCGCUCUUUCAAUAGUUCCAGUGGUUCGUUGGGCGGGAACCAUCAACAUGAACACGGUGAUGCCUCCCAAAUAUUAAAAGACCUUUUAAAUGUGGGGAAAUCUUCCCCGAAACAAGCCUAUAGUUCAACUGACAGUGCAGUAACCCAUCACAGCAUGGACAGGAAUGCUGGAAAGAUGUCUGGCGCCCAGGUUGGACAACCUCAGGACAUUGACCCGGAUGGCACCGAGGUUGGAGCCCCAAGAAGUCUAGAGAGUAAAGUCAGACAGACUAUUGCGCUUGAAGGAGAUGACAACAAAGGCUCAGUGGCAGUGUAUGGCCGCGACGUCAGUGUCAUACCAAGUGACGCCUCCAAGAGGGACAGCUCUGCACCAGGAAGUAAUAAGGUCAAGAUCACACCAGUAGUGAAGUACGAUUGGGAGCAUAAGUACUACAUUGGAGAUCUGGUGGCUGUCAACCAAUCCUACCUGGUCUACGUCCUCAAGAUCCAGAGUGGGUAUGGCCUCCGCAUCCUGGACAGACGCACAUCUGUGAGGGCGCUUUUGAAGGGCUUUGACUUCAUCAUCACCGACGUGGCCUUUGCCCACCAUCAGUCAAACACACUCGGAUGCAUCGACAGGAUAGGCAACAUCACCGUGUGGAACAUUUGUGAAGCAGAUGGAAAUAUUAUGCCCACUCCCAAGCUAAAAAUUAUCCGGCCAGGAAACACCCAACCCAGUGACUAUCACCGCCUUGUAUGGUGCCCGUACCUCCCUGAUGACCCCUCGAACAGCGAGAGCAGUUCCUUCACGGAAGAAAACAGUCGCCUCCUGGCCGUCACUCAUAACGAAAAGGCGGAGUUCUGGGAUCUUGAUGUGGUAGUGGAGCUAUUUGGGAAUGUCGUGGAAUCUGCCAGUAUCACUGAAGGAGUCAUUAGAGUGACGAAUGGACACACAAAGCCGAUCACAGAUCUGUCCGUCGCCCCAGACGGUCAGGUCCUUGCGACGGCCAGUGAGGACGGCACGGUGAAAUUCUGGCAGAUGGAUAUGGCAAUGCCAGACACAGCGCCAUCGCAGCUUCACCGAUUCGUCCCCCACGAUGGCAAGCCUCUUUCGGCGUUGAUCUUUUGCGACAAUCACAAGUACCAGGAUCCUGAUCUCCCGUUCUGGCGAUUCCUGAUCACCGGGGCCAACUCCAACCAGGAGUUGAUGAUGUGGUGCACAGUCUCCUGGACCUGCCUGCAGAAGAUUAGCUUCUCCCAGCCCAGCCUCAUCCCCGAACCAUUCCUCAAGAUCAAGCUGGAUCUAUCGGCAAGCUUUCUCAUGGUGACUGAUAUCACUAGAAAGGUGCUGUACGUUCUUCAAGUUCACCAGGACCAUAGCGAAGGCCGAGCCCACAUAAGCUCCAUCUCGGAGUUCCUCUUGACCCAGCCCACCCUGAGCUUUGCCAUCGUAGAUGCCGGCAAGUGUCGCCUCAAGACCCUCGUGGAGGAAGGAGAAGAAGGCGAUGACCUAAACUCAGGUGAUAUGAUGGAAUUAUUGCGAGAUGGCAGUGCCGAUACAAUCCAGAGCAGAAACACUGGUGUGAUCGUCAAAAUGUUCUGCAUCAAUUCACGAUCAGUGCAGGAUCUUCAGGUGCGUUUUAAGCCUAGCUCGUCCGUGGAGCAGGACAACAUGGCAGGGUCUGUUAGCUCAGCAUCAAUAGAUGACUAUGCUCUGCAAGAUGGUCUCUCAGACAUGAGCAUGAACACAACGGACCACUCGGUCAGGACGGACAUUGACGGCAACAGCACAGGCCACCACUCCAGCAACAUGACGAGUUCCUUCACCUCGGAGUCCACCAAUCACUCCAAUUCUCAUCCUUACCUGAUGACCCCAGACGCCAUCAUGUCCAGCAGUGCGAAGACUCUCGCCGAACACCUCCGGGAGAGCAACUCCACCAACAGCAGCUUCACCCAGAUAUCAGGUAUGAACGCCUCGGUCGACGAGCUAUUAAGCUCCAUGAACUCCUCCGACCACACUCGCGUCAUCACCCCGGACAGCCCAGUGACCCUCACCCCGGGGUCCAGUCUCCCCGCCACGCCCAGUUCGCCAAAGAAGCCCGAACCUCUCGCAAUCACCCCGGUCUCUGAAGACAAACCGAGGAAAGGGGCCUACAACUCUGACGACGAAGGCCCUAAGUCACCGCCCCCAACCCCCACCGACUUGGGAAUGCCAGCACUGAUCCCCGAGUCGAAUGCGAGCACGGAAGACUUGGCGGAGCUCUUGGAGAACUCCCGCCUGAAGGAGAAGAGGGUGUCAGACUCCAGUGCGGAGGUUGCUCAGAUCUUGCAAUCGCACCUUGACAAUCAGCAGGAGGAGACUGAGCAGGAUGUUGAGGAGGACGAAGACGGAGACCCCAUUCCCGUCGUGAGGGAUGCUCUGCCUGUCAGCCCCCGAGAUGAGACAGAAGCGGUGCAAGAGAUGGAUGAGGAGGCCGGUAGAAUGAUAGUUAACGAGCUCGCUGAUGAGGGCGACACACAUGGUAGAGAAGUCGUUGUGAUUGGACCCAAGCAGGAAGAAAAUGGAGCAUUUGAUAGCAAUGACGCCACACAUGGUGAUGACAUGACAACCCCCACCCCUGGGGAGGGGGCAACGGUUGCAGCCUCUCACUCUGGGGACGGGGCAACGGUUGCAGCCUCUUACUCUGGGGACGAUGGUCGAGAGCAGUCAGCAGGUGGCGUUGUGGCACCAGUAGCACAGCAGCUGCUGGAUGUACAAGACCAGGAAUCACGCAGUGAGCAAAGUUCGGACGUUGAGCCGGCAGACUCCACUUCUCCAUCGGGGGAGAGGAGCAAGACACGAAAGCAGCGACGAGACAAAUUCAGCCGAGCCUCCCCAAGACCCCGGAAAACUCUGGCUGGAGAUGGAGAGGGCAGAUCAGAUAUUCCAGAAAUCAACAACACUCUGCAGCAGGUGUUGGGCCUGCUGCAGUCGCAGCAGCAGGAGAUGAAGCAGAUGCGUCAAGACAUCAUCAAGUCGCAGCAGGCCAACAGCAUCAUACAGUCCAUGAGGUCACGCAUUGACAGGCUGGAUAAGACAGUGUGCACCAAGAUUGAGUCCACCAUGGCUAAGCAGUCCGAGCAGGAACGUCAGAGGUUGACUACAGCUUUGCAGGAGAGGCAGUCCAUGGACAAACAAAAGCAGGAACGUCUCCUGGAGUGUGUGUCCCAAAAUGUGAACAAAUCGAUCACGAGCCGUCUGGACAAGACGGUACGCUCAGAGAUUGAUAGCAAAGUCGUACCAGAGAUACAGAAACUCAUCAACCCCAUGAGUGAGCAGCUGAGUACCAUCGUCGCUCAGAAGCUGACGGCAACCGAUCAACUGAUGACCGAGAACAUCGGCAAGUUGGUCAAGUCAAAGGGAGUAACUGAAGCUAUAGGCCAAUCAGCAGCAACUGCCCUGUCAUCUACAGUCAAAUCAACAUACAGGGAUGCCUUCCAGAGGAAUGUCAUCCCGGCCUUUGAUAACUCAUGUCAGUCUCUCUUCCAGCAAGUCAAUGCUGCCUUCGAUGCAGGAACCAGGCAAUACACUCAUCAGUUGGAGGCGCACCUCGGAAAGCUACGACAGAAGGAGAAGGAAUCCAAGGACCCUAUCAUAGCUGAGCUCAUGACCCUCGUACAGUCCUUCCAGGCAAACACAGAGACCCUCAAGACGGGUAUCCUCAGCAGUGUGCACUCUGAGAUUGACAAACAGCUCCAGAAAUCCAACAAAAGAAUGGAAGAGGAGCUCCUGAGCAAAGUCCAGAAACUUUUGAAAGAUGAGCUACGGUCAGCCUUACGGGAUCACCAGAGCACUGUGGAGAGUAGCAUUGCGGCCGUGGUUCGAUCACAGGCCCCUACCCCAGUCCCUCAGGGACCCGACAUCAGACAGAUUCAGAGUCAGAUUACACAGUACUUGCAGCAGGGACACAUCGUGCCAGCUUUCCAGACUGCCCUUAGCGCAGCAGAUCUCCGUGCUGUAAUCUUUGUGUGCAAUGCCGUCAAGCCCGAUGACCUGUUUGGAACUGAACGCUGCCCUCUGGACCAGCCGGUCCUGCUUUCAUUGAUCCAGCAACUAUCACAUGACCUUGGCAAUACCACUCUGCUCAAACUCCAGUAUAUUGAAGAGGCCCUCGUUGUCCUGGCCGACGAGAAGGCGGCGACCCAGUACCACGAACACUUACCCAUUGUCAUCAACGAGCUCUGUAAUCAGAUCUCCACCUUCCUCCAGCAGAACGCCUCCAACACCAACGCCAAGAAAAUGAAACGCUUACUCAUGCUCGCUCAAUCUCUCAAGUAGAGAGACUGUAGUCGAUUGUUAAGGUUUUUCUCAACUUAUAUAUAAGGACGUUAACGCGACUGGCCCUUCCGUGGCAAAACAGCCUAACUCAAAAAAGUGACAUUUUCAGAAAAGCAAGUACAAUGAUAAAGCUGUUCUGCCGUGAAACGUGAUGAAAGUGUUUUAAAAAAGCCGGGACAGGACAUACAUAGUAUGCCUUUGAAACUCAUGCUUGCUCAAUCUCUGAAAUUUAGAGAAUUAGUCAAUUUGUGAAGUUUUGUUGGUCAUUUUAUAUAUAAGGACAGUAACGCAGCCGACCCUUCCACGGCAAAUUAGCCUAACAGAAAAAAAAAUGACAUUUUGAGAAAAGCAAGUACAAAAGUAAGCUGUUUUACCGUCCAAUGAGUUAAAGUGUAUGCCAUGGAAGGAUGGAACGGGUACACAGAAUGGUAUUCUAGAAUGUCUGAAAAUCAACAGACAAUGCUGAAAAAAAAAUUAUUUUUAAAUAAUGUCCAACUUGAAGCAUGCAGACAUUAUUGUUAAUUAUCAGAGACCAGAAUCAGCAAUUUGACAUUUGCAUGAAAUAAAAAACCUGUGGAAGUUUCAGCUCAAAAAGUCAUCAGAGUCAAGUGGAAAUUUGUUUUCAUUGUUUUUAAACGGAGGCUUUUGGACUCGCAAAAUCAAAACUUUGUAUUCUACUCAUUUCUUAAAAAUGAGCAUUUCAAGCGCAAAUAAUUCAUAAUUAUUUGGUGACCAUCAUUAUACAAUUUGCAAACUUGUAAACUUUUUUCCCCCGUUUUUCCCCCCAAUGUUUUACACAACCUUCAAGUAAACUAAACAACAGCAAAAUGUGUAUCCUUGAAUCUCUCAAAAUGGAAUCUGAUGGAACGCCCCUUUUCCUUCUCAAGAGUUAUUUAUGCACCAAAACACCUACAAUGUUUUGUUAGUAAGUGAGUUGUGAUUAAAAGAAAACAACCCCCCAAAAAGCUAAAUUUGCCUUUAGAAUUUCAUCAACCAGUAAAGCACAUGGUCCGCCAUUUUAAUUGUCCCAGUUUUUUCUGAGUGUCAAAUAUCAUGCCUGUGUUUAACCAAACAAAAUUUGGUAUCACUCAUUACAUCUUUGUGUACAUCAUUUGGAUAUUACAAAAUGGAAAGUUUUUCUUGUUCUUUAAUUAGAAAACAAAUAGUAAAUUUUUAACUUUAUACUAUUGGUUUCCUGAAAAUGGAUUGUAGUCAAUUAUCUAUUUAGGUUGAUUUUUUUUUAUUCAUGUUUAAAUGAAUCAAACAGCGACCAGAUUUCACUGCACUGCUGUGGUUCCAUUCUGUACUUAGCAUUCUCUGCAAUGAACAAAACAGCACUUUCAGUGACAUAACCAGAAAAAAAGGAAGAUUAUGUUUUCUCAUAUUAAGUUUUCCUCUUAUUCUACUUGGAAUACAUUGUCCAAACUGUAUAAAUGUCUCAUGUUUCAUUUUAAA